AUGUCGCAAGUCGAGAACGUGAUACAGAAAAUGCUUGCAGUGAAGGACAAGACAGAGGAAGCGAAAGAGAGGGAGUCAGAUGCGACAUUCAAGCUAAAAGAGGUGAAACUGGAGGCCUUUGCGAAGGAGAAUGAAGCUGCUGGGUACAAGAGACGAAUUCAGUUACUGCAAUUAAAACUUAAGGAGGUGUUGUCUGAAACAGAAGGUAAAGAAAAGACCUUAAAAGAGUUGAAAGAGAAGGCUGAGGUUGAAGGUGAAAGAGGGAAAGAGCUGAGCUAUGCUGAAGUAGAAACGGAUGAACAGCUUAGGACCAUCGAAACUAAAGUACAAGAUGCCCAAUCUUCCGCCGAAAACGCUCAGUUGCGUUUGAACGACGCGCAGAGAAAACUGACCGUUAUGGAGAACGAGCUUUCUCGUACCGAAACUCGUAGGGAUACAGCUCUGCAUCGAAUACCUGAGCUAGAAAAGAUGAUAAAGACCGCUGGAGAGAAUCUUCACAAGAUGCAAAUGGAAGACGCCAUGGCGAACGAGAGAGAACAAGACUAUGAGCAGAAGUUGCAAUUGUUGGAAGAUGAGUUGAGCAAGAAGGUCAAAGAGUGUGAGGAGAUCGACAGAAAGGCAAAUGGUAGUCUUCGACGAAUAAAUGAGCUGACAGCUGAAAUAGAAAACUGGCAAGAAAAGAAACUUAAACUUGAAAAUGAGUUCGCCGCCAUAGAAGAACUCGAAUGA